AUGCUUCAGACACCACUCUCGAUCCAUCUUCGCAGAACGAACUCAUGGAAAACAACUCUGACCCCAUUUUCGCACUUCCCCCACCAUCCCGACCCAGACCUUGCCCGCCUUCUCCGAUCUUCAGCAGCGGCGCACCCCCUCACGCUCUCUGUGCCCUGGGUCCCGAAUCCGCAAUGGCCGUCCCCGCCUUUCUGGUCCCGCCAGGAGCGCGCCUGUUACCGAGGCAGUCGACCGCCCUCCCCUCCCCCGCGCGAAGAUCCGCAGCCCCAUCAAUCCCUCACAUGA